GGCCGUCUCAAACUCCUGGAUCUGAUUAGAAAAAAAAAAAAACAACUCACUUCCACACUUGAAAACAGGGAGACCGAAGAAAUGAAGCAGUGAUGAAGACGGAGACCCACUCUUUCUCUCACACUUAGAUCGCAUCAGGAGAAGAAAUGGCUCACCCGACGCAACGAAACGGUGCCUUUUCAUCCACUGGACUCUCCCGCUUCUUCGCCCUCAGAAUCCUCUUUGCCUCUGCCAUGGCCUUCGCGCUCUUCCUCUUCGCCUCCCUCUUCCUUCUCGCCUCCGACACUGCCUCUUCCAAUUACGACAAUAUGGGUUCAUAUGGAUUCGGAUCGACUCGGAGAUCAGUGCUUGCAGUCAAAUCCGAUCCUCUGAAGCCGCGACUUGAUCAGAUCCGGAAACAGGCGGAGGAUCACAAGUCUUUGGCACUGGCGUAUGCGUCCUACGCUCGCAAGCUGAAGCUUGAGAACUCGAAGCUAGUUAGGGUUUUUGCGGAUCUCUCUCGGAAUUAUACGGAUCUGAUCUCCAAACCUUCUUACCGCGCUUUGUACGAGCCCGAUUCCCUGGUGAUCGACGAGUCGGUGCUUCGGCAGUUCGAGAAGGAAGUGAAGGAGAGAAUCAAGGUGACUCGCCAAGUCAUUUCCGAAGCCAAAGAGUCUUUCGACAAUCAGCUCAAGAUCCAGAAACUGAAGGACACGAUCUUUGCUGUUAAUGAGCAGUUGACCAAGGCCAAGAAGCAAGGUGCGUUUUCAAGCUUGAUUGCGGCGAAAUCGAUCCCCAAGAGCUUGCAUUGCCUCGCAAUGCGGUUGAUGGAGGAGCGAAUUGCGCACCCGGAGAAGUACUCCGAUGAGGGGAAACCGACUCCACCGGAGUUGGAGGAUCCCAAGCUGUAUCACUAUGCCAUUUUCUCUGAUAAUGUGAUUGCGGCGUCGGUAGUGGUGAAUUCGGCCGUGAAGAACGCGAAGGAGCCAUGGAAGCAUGUGUUUCAUGUGGUGACUGAUAAGAUGAAUCUGGGGGCAAUGCAGGUCAUGUUUAAAAUGAGAGACUAUAAUGGAUCUCACAUUGAAGUUAAGGCUGUGGAAGAUUACAAGUUCUUGAAUUCAUCUUAUGUGCCAGUUCUUAGGCAGCUUGAGUCCGCAAAUUUGCAGAGAUUUUAUUUUGAAAAUAAGAUUGAGAAUGCCACAAAGGACACAACGAACAUGAAAUUUAGGAAUCCCAAAUACUUGUCGAUGUUGAAUCAUUUGAGAUUUUAUUUGCCAGAAAUGUACCCGAAAUUGCACAGGAUAUUGUUUCUGGAUGAUGAUGUUGUGGUUCAGAGGGAUUUGACUGGGUUGUGGAAGAUAGAUAUGGAUGGGAAGGUGAAUGGGGCUGUUGAGACGUGUUUCGGGUCAUUCCAUCGGUAUGCACAGUACAUGAAUUUCUCACACCCGCUGAUUAAAGAGAAGUUUAAUCCCAAGGCCUGUGGGUGGGCUUAUGGGAUGAAUUUCUUCGAUUUGGAUGCAUGGAGAAAGGAGAAGUGCACCGAGCAGUAUCACUACUGGCAGAAUCUGAAUGAGAAUCGCACCUUAUGGAAAUUGGGAACACUGCCUCCAGGCCUGAUCACUUUUUACUCAACAACAAAGCCGCUGGACAAGUCCUGGCAUGUUCUGGGUCUUGGCUACAAUCCAAGCAUAAGCAUGGAUGAGAUUCACAAUGCUGCAGUGGUCCACUUCAAUGGAAAUAUGAAACCGUGGCUUGAUAUUGCCAUGAACCAGUUCCGUCCUCUUUGGACAAAGCAUGUUGACUAUGAUAUGGAGUUUGUUCAGGCCUGCAAUUUUGGCCUCUAAAUAGAUAGACAUAGUUGAGAAGCCUCUGUUUACAUAACCCAAAUGCAAGCAAUCCUUGUCAUGAGGUCCAUCAAUAUUUCUUGUAGGUAAACAAGCGUUCUUCAGUGCCACAGAAAUUGCCUAGUAAUGCACGGUGGUAGCAUCCUCUCAUUGGAUAAUAGACUCUUGCGUUCAAUUUGUUCAUAUUUGUCUUGCAAUGAAAUUUACGAGGAAGAUGUUUAAUUAUUUCAAAGACUGCUGGAUUUUACAAUUUAGAGUUUAGGUUGUCUCAUCUGUUCUCUCUUCUUUUCUUUCCCCUUGAAAUGUAAUGGCCUUCAUAUAGCAACAUCUGUUCUAGUUCAAUAUCUAUAAAUGGAUAAUUAAGACAGCUGACAUUACUCUCUA